GCCUGUGCGACGGGCGUGGUGCGUUGGGAGCUGGCUGGCGGCGGCCGUUCUGUGUAAGAUGGCGGACCGGCGGCGGCAGCGCGCCUCGCAGGACACGGAGGAUGAGGAGUCGGGGGCUUCGGGCUCGGACAGCGGCGGUUCCCCGGCGCGCGGCGGCGGCAGCGGCAGCGGCAGCGGCAGCGGCGGCGGUAGCGGCUCCCUGCCUUCCCAGCGCGGCGGCCGAGCCGGGGCCCUGCAUCUGCGGCGGGUGGAGAGCGGGGGCGCCCAGAGCGCCGAGGAGUCGGAGUGUGAGAGUGAAGAUGGCAUCGAGGGCGAUGCUGUUCUCUCAGAUUAUGAAAGUGCAGAAGACUCAGAAGGUGAAGAGGAAUACAGUGAAGAGGAAAACUCCAAAGUGGAGUUGAAGUCAGAAGCUAAUGAUGCUGUUAAUUCAACAAAAGAAGAGAAGGGGGAAGACAAGCAUGACACCAAAGGAACUGUGACUGGAGAGAGACAAAGUGGGGAUGGACAGGAGAGCACAGAGCCUGUGGAGAAUAAAAUGGGUAAAAAGGGUCCCAAGCAUUUGGAUGAUGAUGAAGACAGGAAGAAUCCAGCGUACAUACCCCGGAAAGGGCUCUUCUUUGAGCAUGAUCUUCGAGGCCAAACUCAGGAGGAAGAAGUCAGACCCAAGGGGCGUCAGCGGAAGCUGUGGAAGGAUGAGGGCCGCUGGGAGCAUGAUAAGUUUCGGGAAGAUGAGCAGGCCCCAAAGUCCCGCCAGGAGCUCAUUGCUCUUUAUGGCUAUGAUAUCCGCUCAGCUCAUAACCCUGAUGACAUUAAACCUCGAAGAAUCCGGAAACCCAGAUAUGGAAGCCCUCCGCAAAGAGAUCCAAACUGGAUUGGUGAGCGUUCAAAUAAGUCCCACCGCCACCAAGGUCCUGGGGGCACCCUACCGCCAAGGACAUUUACUAACAGGAGCGCUGCAGGUACCGGCCGCAUGUCUGCACCCAGGAAUUACUCUCGAUCUGGGGGCUUCAAAGAAGGUCGUGCUGGCUUUCGGCCUAUGGAGGCUGGGGGGCAGCAUGGAGGCCGUUCUGGUGAGACUACUAAGCAUGAAACUGGUUACCGGUCCCAGCGCCUGGAGCAGACUCCGGUGAGGGAUCCGUCUCCUGAAGCAGAUACGCCGGAGCUUGGAGGUCCUGAGAAGGAGGAGGCAGCCCCCGAGACACCAGCCACGGCUCCUGAGCCUGUACCACCAGCCCCUGACAGACCUGUCGAGAAGAAAUCCUACUCCCGGGCGAGAAGAACCCGCACCAAAGUAGGAGAUGCUGGCAAAGUUGCAGAGGAGGUCCCCCCUCCACCUGAAGGGCUGCCCCCAGCUCCUGCAGUUCCAGAGACCACCCCUCCUCCACCUGCUAAGACUGGAAGCUGGGAGGCUCCGGUGGAUUCUACCAGCGGACUGGAACAAGAUGUAGCACAAUUAAAUAUAGCAGAGCAGAGUUGGAAUCCAGGCCAGCCUUCAUUCGUGCAGCCCCGGGAGCUUCGAGGUAUGCCCAGCCACAUACACAUGGGAGCAGGACCUCCACCUCAGUUUAACCGGAUGGAAGAAAUGGGUGUUCAGGGUGGUCGAGCCAAACGGUAUUCAUCUCAGAGACAGAGACCUGUUCCGGAGCCCCCUGCCCCUCCUGUGCACAUCAGCAUCAUGGAGGGACAUUACUAUGACCCACUGCAGUUCCAGGGACCAAUCUAUACCCAUGGUGACAGCGCUGCCCCACUGCCUCCACAAGGCAUGAUUGUGCAGCCAGAAAUGCACCUUCCCCACCCAGGUUUACAUCCCCACCAGACACCGGCGCCUCUGCCCAAUCCGGGCCUCUAUCCCCCACCAGUGUCUAUGUCUCCAGGACAGCCACCGCCUCAACAGCUGCUUGCUCCCACUUACUUUUCUGCCCCAGGGGUCAUGAACUUUGGUAAUCCCAAUUACCCUUAUGCUCCAGGGGCACUGCCCCCUCCACCACCACCUCCUCAUCUGUAUCCUAAUACGCAGGCCCCAUCACAGGUAUAUGGGGGAGUGACCUACUAUAACCCAGCCCAGCAACAGGUGCAGCCAAAGCCCUCCCCACCACGGAGAACCCCCCAGCCCGUCACCAUCAAGCCCCCUCCACCUGAGGUUGUAAGCAGGGGCUCCAGUUAAUAUAAGUUUCUGAAUAUUUUAAAACUAACAUCAUAUAAAA